UCCCAUGCACCGUUUUUGGCGGAGUGUUCGUUCUGCCAUACUACAACACAGGCACUUAUAGGCCAGUAUUGUCUUAUGUAAUAUGUUUAUAUUCUAAACUUUUCUUUCAUUGCAUUAAAUCAGGGUAAUGUUAUAUUAUGAAAUACCUCUUUAAUAACAAGUUCAUGUUUACUGUUGGAAUGAAAGCUAUAUAGUAGCCAUUGGGUAACAAUUUUCUUUGUAUUGAGGGACUUUACUCAUUACAAUUGAUCUUAUGCAUUGGCAUCAUGUUGCGGGACCAUACGCAGUGUAUAUAAUGUUGCAGGACCAUAUGCAACAAUUACAUAACUAUGUUUACAUGUUGCGGGACCAUACGCAUCAUGGUGUAAUUUUUGUUUGUGCGGGACCAUACGCAUUAUUACAAUUGUUUUUUGCGGGACCAAACGCAUCUCCAGUGUUCACAUAUUACAUGGCUUUGCAUAUCUUUGUAAAUUGUUAUUUUGUACAGCAUCAGAGUCUAAGUUUUCAUGCAACUUAAGUAUGGGGUAUUUGCAAUGAAACAAAUAUACUAAGAACCCUGCACCUUAUGUACAAUACUUAGCAGAGUGUUUCUCCUCUGGUUAUCACAAAACCACACUUUGAUCUCAGCGCAGAUUGUUUAUAUUGACUUGCAUUAAAUUUACAAUCAAUUAUAUCUGGGAUACUUAAUUUGUGUACUGCAUAUUGAUUGACAUACAGCCCAAUUCAGAUAUGUCCUGAACUGUCUGUGGAACGUCUCAAUAUGUUUCAAAGAAUUUCUCUUGGUCUGUAAAUUUAAAUAUAUAUCAAAUAUUUUAAUUUUCGACUCUAUAUUCAGAUUAAUCAUGCCACCAAAGAGAGGACAGAAGUCCCUUGGCCCCCCAGCAAACAAAAGACGGAGGUUGGCCAAUCCUACCAGAGAAAGCACAGACAUACAGACUGUAACAGCCGUACAACCCCAACCUUCAGCUAUUGACUAUGAUAAGUUGGCCCUGGCUAUUAUUAAACACUCCACCCCAGUGAAUGAGGUAGAAAACUCAGUGCAGCAGGAAGUCCCAUCGACUGGUCGACCAAUGAACACUGCGAAUGGAGAGUCAACCGCUACGGCCAAUACCGGUAAUCAAACUUCAGCCAUCUUAGGCCCUUCAUCUGUCCAACCAGAGGAUCAGACGGCCAAUGUGUCUGCUGCAGGAUUAAACGCCCUUCUUGACAGUGUAUUCACAGGAAGCUUUCCAGGUAGCUCCACACCUCAACCUCACACAGACCAAAGUACCGCACAGACUUUUAGUCAUUUGACACCAAUUAGCAAAAAGCUCUUAGCAUCUGCUUUGUCCACCUCUUCUGCAAUGGCAUAUCGCAGAAGUUGGAAUCUUUUAUUGGGUUGGAAACCUCAACUUUCACUUCCAAUUUCAGUAGUUGAUGUAUGUAACUUUAUUGGCCAAUUAUUUAUUGAUAACUAUUCUCCCAGCACCAUUUUCUCACAUAUAUCAGCCAUCAGUUAUGUACACAAAAUUUUCAAUUUACCUGACCCAACACAAGCCUUUGUGACAAAAAAAAUUUUAAAAGGUUGUCAGGCCAUUGGCCAGAGAAAGGAUACCAGAUUGCCCAUAACUGCCCCCAUCCUUCAAAAAUUACUUUCCGCUUUAGAACACACUGUUUCACAGUACCCCACCAGGCUUCUGCUCCGUGCAGUUUUUCUCUUAGCUUUCCAUGCAUUCCUCAGAUUAGGAGAAAUUACAGUUAAAUCUCUAAAAUCCAAGCAUCAAGUAUUGCAGAGGUCAGAUGUCACAUUCAAUCAAAGUUCAUUAAGUGAAGUACAAAUCAUUAUGAGGGACUACAAAACAAAUAAACAUAAAUCCCCACUUAUUAUUUCAAUCCAAGCAGGUCCAGAUUCUGCUUAUUGCCCAGUAAAAGCACUACACAAUUACCUGCAAUUGUUUCAACACACAUCAGGCCCGUUAUUUCAAACUUUGGAUGGCCUACCAAUCACAUACUCUAUGAUUACCUCCCAUCUUAGAUCCGCCAUUCAAUUUAUUGGUCUUAGCACGGAACAUUUUAAGGGCCAUAGUUUCAGAAUUGGGGCAGCAACACAUGCAGCUUCUCUAGGUUUCUCAGACCAAGUCAUUCAAAAAUUAGGUCGGUGGAAUUCUGAUGCUUUUAAACACUACAUUCGGAUACAGUCAUUUAAACUCUGAUCAUUUUAUUAAACCUCA